AUGUUAAAUAAUGUCGUUUUGUUAAAGGAGAAACGAGCCAUGGCGGAGCUGUGUGAGGUAGACGAACCGUUCAUUUACAGACUCAACGACAAUGGAUCAGGACCCAGUCUACUUGUUAAGGUGUGCAGUGAGCGUGGCUGGCGCAUAUACCAGGGAUAUAAUGGAUGCGUCGAGGAGCGUUGGAACCUGUGGUGGAGGACCAGCGCCUUCCCAGCUGCCAGUUAUAAGACCCUGGGCGAUUGGCAGUUUAUGAACCACAUACCUAAAGGCGGGUCAAUCUGCCGGAAAGACAGCCUGUCUAGGCUCCUGCGCUGCAUGAGGCGGAUCUACGGAUCUAUAUAUGAUUUCAGCCCACCCUGCUUCCACCUGCCCCUGGAGUACGCCAAGCUGGUGGCCGAGUGUUCCCGGCUCCGGCACGAGCAGGACGGCGCCGUGUGGAUCCACAAGCCUGUGGCGCAGAGCCAGGGCCGGGGCAUUUUUCUGUUCCGGAGCAUCUGCGAGAUGCGGUGCGGCAGCGCGGCGGUCGUGCAGCGUUACAUCGAGCGGCCGCUUCUUAUAGCGGGAUACAAGUUCGACCUGCGGCUCUACGUGUGCGUGCCCGGGUACAGGCCGCUCACGGCGUAUAUGUACGCUGAGGGACUGGCUAGAUUCGGGACGGAUAAAUAUACAUUGUCAGACAUCCACAACCCAUACAGACACCUGACGAAUUCCUCUCUCAACAAAACGGGCCCUCGGUAUGCCGAGUGCAAGGAUAGGAUAGGGAGCGGCUGCAAGUGGACAUUGAAACAAGUUCGUCGAGCGCUAGUGGGCCGAUGGGAAGCCACGGAGUGGCUCGCAUGGCAGCGGAUCCGAGCUUUAGUUACCCUGACACUCUUAGCGCAGGCAACAGGAACUCCACCUGCGAGGAACUGUUUCGAGUUCUAUGGCUUCGAUGUUCUGCUGGAUGAUGCCUUGAAGCCAUGGCUCUUGGAGGUGAACCUCUCACCAGCGCUGGCGGCAGAUUGCGAGGCCGACGUGACCGUGAAGAGACCGAUGCUGCACGAGCUGUUCGACCUGCUCGGUCUCCCCAUGCGGCACACCGGUCUCUCGCUUCUACAAGGGCCACCUGCCGCGCAUAUCAACAGUGCAUCAUCAGACAGCUGCGACAGUACAGUGCGACCCCGUACAUCAGUACCGUCGGCGGGUCGCCCACGUCCGUUGCGGCGGCGGCGCGCCAUGCCAAUACACUGCGUGACGCUGCAAGCGCCCUCUCUCGACAAAGACACGGAAUCCAAUGACAAAGGAAAAUACACAACCAGCGGAAGCCCAUCUAGCACCUCCACAUCUUCAGGAAGUCCUGAGGAAUCCGACUGCCAGUCAACCCCAAGUGUGGCCACACCGUCGACGGAGGACGAGUCGUGGCGCGGCGGGCACGCGACGGCGGCGAGCCGGCGGCGCAUGAUCAACGCGUGCUCGUGGGGCAACGGCGUGCGCUGGGAGCGCGCGCCGGCGCGCGUGGGCCAGUGGGUCAGGAUAUACCCACACACGCUGCCUGAUGAUGAGAUUCAGAUCGAAGAAGUUCGCGAAAGUGUGGCCAACGUGUCAAAAUUCGUUCGCGCAGCGCGCGAGGUGGCGCGCGAAAACGCUAGAGACGCGCGGGCGCCUCGCGACUCGACGCGCGACGCUGAUUUCGAGGCCACACUGCGCAAGAAGUUGGCUUACGGGCCCAACUUUGAAGUGUGGCUACCGCCUGUCUAA